CGAGCCCCCGCCGCCGCCGCCGCCGCCGCUGUACGAGCCCGCGCCCCAGCCGCCGAGGCUGCUGCUGGCGGACCAAGGCAGGGAGAGUCCCUGCAGCCGCCUUCCGAGCCAGCUAGCCCGCCCGCCCCCGUCGCCGCGGCUCGUUCUUGAAAUCAUGAAUCCUGUUUAUAGCCCUGGAUCUUCAGGGGUUCCCUAUGCAAAUGCCAAAGGAAUUGGUUAUCCAGCUGGCUUCCCAAUGGGCUAUGCAGCGGCUGCUCCUGCCUAUUCCCCUAAUAUGUACCCUGGAGCAAAUCCUACCUUCCAAACAGGUUAUACACCAGGUACACCAUAUAAAGUGUCCUGUUCACCCACCAGUGGGGCAGUGCCACCGUAUUCGUCAUCACCCAACCCUUAUCAGACUGCAGUGUACCCAGUUCGAAGUGCCUAUCCACAGCAGAAUCCAUAUGCACAGCAAGGCACUUACUAUACCCAGCCAUUGUAUGCAGCACCACCUCACGUAAUUCAUCAUACCACAGUUGUGCAACCAAAUGGCAUGCCAGCAACUAUGUACCCUGCUCCCAUCCCCCCUCCAAGAGGAAAUGGCGUGACUAUGGGAAUGGUUGCUGGGACCACUAUGGCAAUGUCAGCAGGUACUUUGUUGACUACUCAUUCCCCUACUCCAGUAGCCCCUCAUCCAGUUACUAUGCCUACAUAUCGGGCCCCAGGAACACCAACCUAUAGCUAUGUGCCCCCACAGUGGUGAUCAUCCUGGCAAAUGUUUGAAGAUGGGAGAUAUGCAAUCAAGUAAUUGAGGUUUAACAGUUGGUGCUGAAGCCCCUCAUGCCUCC